AUGUUAUGAUUAAUUGAUAUAUAAUAAGACAAUGAAAGAUAAGCCACAAAUCGAUGACAAACUAAUAGCAGCGGCCAAUGAACUGACCAAAUGCUUUGUAUUAAGUGACGACAAAUUGAGACAAUUGAUGGAAAAGUUAGAACAGGAGUUCCAAUUGGGUCUUUGUAAUGAAGAGUCGGCCACAUUGAAGAUGUUGAUCACAUAUGUCCGACAUCUGCCUAAUGGUAAAGAAAGAGGUCAGUAUUUAGCGCUGGAUUUGGGUGGCACUAACUUUCGGGUAAUACUCAUUAACUUAAACAUUGCAAACGCACCUAUGGUUAGCCAAAAAUUUGUAAUACCAGAUGAGUUAAUGGCAGUCGACGGGGAACGACUGUUUGACUUCAUUGCCGAUUGUAUUAUAGAGUUUACUAACAAUCAUAAGUUAGAGACCAUACGCAUUGCACUGGGAUUCACAUUCAGCUUUCCGUGUGUACAAUACGGCUUAUGUCAGUCCAAACUUGUCCGGUGGACCAAAGGGUUCAACUGUUCCGGUGUUGUCGGUAAAGAUGUCGUGAAAUUGUUGAAGAACUCACUAAAAAAGAAAACUCAGUUUAACAAUGCUUUUGUCGAUAUAGUUGCGCUAAUCAACGACACCACCGGUACAUUGAUGUCAUGCGCCCACAAAAAUCCAAAUUGUAAUAUUGGUCUGAUAGUGGGCACCGGUACCAAUGCUUGCUAUAUUGAACAAUUAGACCGCAUUGACAAAUGGCCGUCCAAUUAUAGCGAUCCUAAGACAGUAGUUAUUAAUACCGAAUGGGGAGCGUUUGGUGAUAACGGUGUUGUCGACAAGUUAGGUGUGAUGACUAAAUGGGAUAAACUAGUGGACGCGGAUACGGUAAAUCCAGGCCGACAAUUGUAUGAAAAAAUGGUAUCCGGCAUGUAUUUGGGUGAACUGGUACGUCGACUACUGAUUACACUAUGCGAACAGAAACUAUUGUUCAACGGACAGACCCCCGAAAAUCUACUCAAAAAGGGUAGUUUUCCGACAAAAAGUGUAUCAAAAAUUGAUUCAGACUCGGAAUCCAACAAAUUUCAGGCCACCCGUCGAUUGUUUGACAGAGACUUUACCAAAACAUAUACAGAAACCGAUUUGCGAAUCAUACAUAUGGCCAACAAUAGGGUAUCUAAACGUGCAGCAGAUUUGGUGGCCGUUGGAUGCUCUACACUGAUCGAGCAUAUGGCCAACCAGUCAAACACCAUAGCCUACGACGGGUCAGUCAUCAAACUUCAUCCGCACUUUCAUCAAUGGGUAAGCGACGGGAUCUGUAAGUUGAUUGACAAAAAGAAACGGUUUGAAAUGAUGCUCUCCGAAGAUGGUAGCGGUCGGGGAGCGGCUAUUGUGGCCGCAGUUUCCUAUCGCGAAAAGAGGCCCAGAAUUAUAAUACGCGAUCGUAAGGUCUACGAAAUUGGCACUUAUAUACAUUAA